UUCAGUAUAUUCAAAUACUUUAUAACAAACUCAUUUCUAGGAUUCUUUCAAUUACAGAAUUCUACAGGAGAUAUCGUUAUUAAAGGAAGAAGCUACGUAGACAACUUCACGUAAAGAAGAAAAGAUGGACAGAAUCAUGAACGGCAACGGUUCGACUGUUGAUGACAUGAAAGUAUUCACCGGAACGCUCGUCCAUGCCACGAAGGAGAACCCGAUGUUAAUACUCGAAAACAGGGCCAUAGGUGUUUGUGGGGGAAAGAUAGAAUUCGUGGCCACUACUUCCGAUUUGGAAACCUUGAAGAGAAAACACAACAUCUCAGACGAUAACGUUAUUGUUCUGAGUUCGAGCCAGUUCCUCAUGCCGGGCCUCGUGGACACGCACCUCCACGCCCCUCAGUUCCCCAACAACGGCAUCCACCUGGACCUCCCCCUCCUGGAGUGGCUGCAGAACUUUACCUUCCCGACGGAGGCCAAGUUCUCCGACGAGAUGUUCGCGCGCGGGGUCUACGCCAAGGCUGUGGAUCGAGUCCUACGCUGCGGCACCACCACCGCCUCCUACUUCGGGUCCAAGCACUUAGAAGCCACGAAGAUCCUCAGCGACAUCGUCCUGGAGAGAGGGCAGAGGGCGCUCGUGGGGAAGGUCAACAUGAUGGUCAACUGUCCGGAUUAUUAUAAAGAACUCUCCGUUGAGGAUUCGGUUAAGGAGACGGAAGAGUUUAUCCUGUACGUGAGGAGCCUGGAGUCCCCUCUGGUCCAACCCAUCGUCACGCCUCGGUUCGCUCCCACCUGUCCCAGAGAACAGCUGCAGAGCCUGGGCCAGCUGGCAGCCAAACACGAGUGCCACAUCCAGAGCCACCUGUGCGAGAGCCAAGCGGAGAAGGCCUGGGUCAAGGAACUGUUUCCGGGGACGAGGAACUAUGCAGAGGUUUACGACUGCACGAGGCUGUUGACGGAGAAGACCGUGAUGGCCCACUGCGUGUACCUGGACGACGAGGAGGUGGCACUGGUGAGGCGGAGUGGCACUGGCGUCGCCCAUUGCCCCAACUCCAACCUGUCCUUGAGGUCCGGCAUCUGCAACGUCAAGAGACUUCUGGAGGAGGGGCUCAAGGUCGGCCUCGGGACUGACUGUUCCGGGGGAUUCAGCGCCUCCAUCUUGGACUCCCUCCGCCUGGCCGUCUUGGUCUCGAAGGCCCUGGCGUCGACGUCCGAUUCGAAGCACCUCACGCUCGAGGAAUCCUUUCGCCUGGCUACGCUCGGGGGCGCGGAGGUUCUCCACAUGAGCGAUCGGAUCGGAAACUUCGAGAUCCAGAAGGAAUUCGAUGCUCUGCUGAUCGACGUAGAAGCCAAGGGAACGCCGGUCGAUAUCUUCCCCGAGGACACAACCGAAGAGAAGAUUCAGAAGUUCCUCUACAACGGCGAUGACCGGAACAUUUUACAAGUCUUCGUCGCGGGUCGAAAAGUAGUGGACAAAGUGCAGUGAUUUUUCUUUCUCUGCCUUUCUCUCUUUCUCUGGUUCUGUCUCUUUCUUUCUUUCUCAGUCUGUCUUUGACUUUGGUUCUUUCUCUAUCUAUCUCUUUCCAACUACAAGACAUGAGACGAAAUCCCGUAUGAUGAGGUGGCAGUUCGUCUUAGAAAUUAUGCAAAGGAGGAAGAGAGAGAGAGAGAAAGAAAAAAAUAUAUAUAUAUUUCUCGAGGUCUUGCUGUGGAACGUUCUGCUUGAACAAAAAGGACGGUGGUCUUCUGUUCACCGACGGUUCUUUUAGCUUUAUGUUGGUUUAAUAAAAGCAUUAUUUUA